CAACGCAAUUGAACUCUCUCGUGAUCUCAGCGCAGUUUUCUAGGUUUGCCAUAAUGAAAUUCCUGAUCAUCUUCGCCUGCAUUGCCGCAGCCAGCGCUGCUCCCGGUUACUUCGAUGGAUACGACGGUGGCCAUGGAUAUGCGUCGUACGCCGUUGCUGCUCCAGCACCCGUAGUCAAAUACGCCGCCCCAGCUCCGGUUGUGUCCUAUGCUCCGGCCGUUCAUGCCGUGGCUCCGGCUCCGACCUUCGUCAAGGCUGCCGUUCCGGCUGCCACCAGCUACGCUACCAUCCAUCAGGUUCACACUCCGGUGGUCAAGUAUGCCGCACCUGCUCCAGUGGUGCACUACGCUCAAGCCCCGGUAGUCAAGUACGCUGCUGCUCCUGCUCCAGUGGUGCACUACGCCCCGGCUCCAGUGGUCAAGUACGCCGCCGCACCGACCUAUGUCCACGCUGCUCCAGCUCCGGUCCUCAAGUACGGAGGAUACCACGGAUGGUAAAUCUUGGGCUGCCAAAGAGAUGUCAAGAACAGACCGACUUCAAAACUGCCAGUGCUCAGACUCUUGAUUAGCUAGGAACUAGGAUUAGCAGUGCAACGGCAAAUGAUUAUGAAACAAUAGAAGAGAUCACGCUUCGCUCUCCCUCUCUCCCGUUUCGUUCUCUUUUUUUUACUGCUGCUGCUGUGA